AUGGAUAAUACCAUAUAUGAAUUGAUAAGAAACACUAAUGUUAUUGCAUUAAACCAAGAUAGAGUUGGAUUUCAAGGAAAGAAAGUGAAAAACAACAAUUAUUUAGAUGUGUGGAAAAAACCUCCUAGUAAUAACAAAGUAGCAGUGGUCUUAGGGAAUAGAAGUUCAUCAAACGCAAUUGUGGUUAUAUCCUGGACAAACAUAAGCCUAGACCUAGGAACUAAAGUUGAUGCUAGGGACUUAUGGGAGCACUCAACACAAUCAUUGGUGUUAGGAGAAAUCUAUCCAGAGUUAGAUUCAAAUGCUUGUAAGAUACUCCUUCAGUCCCACAAAACAUGA